AUGAGCUGCUGGACAUCGUCAACUGCCUCAGUGCGGGCGGCUGCACCAAGGCUGCUCCGUACUCGCACCAGUACCUCCAAGCUCCCCAAGCAGUUGCUGUCUGCUGCCGCCGCCGCCACACGACCUUCUGUCGCCGCCCCAGUACCGUCAUCCACUCCAUCAAGAACCAUCUUUUCAUCAGCUUCUCGUACUAGCGCAGCUUCCACGACCAUUUCUGGACAAGACCUCUCCAUCGCGUUGGACGACAACGGACAGAUCCCUGCAGCACCCUACUCGCAUUUGCCACUUGCCGGCACGUCACCCUCAUACAAGGUUCAUCUCAUCGUCCACCCAUACGAUCAAGUGCGACCCAUCGACACAUGGCCCUCACACCUUGAGUCGGUCUCGCCUUUCCUCUCCGAACUCGAGAGUCGCGCCAAGAAGGGUGGCAGCCUCGAAGGGUACGGCAUCUCCUUUUCUUCUGGUGACGCUCGCGGCAACUCGAAUGGCGACGCUGCGUUGAAGCCGUGGGACCCCACCACACCACGCAUGAUGCGUGCUGUCCCCAACUCGGCACAGGAGCAAGAGCAGUUUAUUGUGUACGCCUACACGAUCAACGGCACCAUGGCCAAGGUGGGCCCUGUCUCGCUCGCCUCGCUCGACGCCGGCUCGUCCUUCCGACAGCGCAUCGACGAUGCGCUCGCCUCUGCGCAGCCUCAGACCGGCCGUUCCAAGCAGACUGAUGAGACGCACAUCUAUAUCUGCACGCACGGCUCGCGCGACUGUCGCUGCGGUGUAGCGGGUACAGCCGUCUAUCAGGCCUUGAAAGACGAGGUUCGCUCGCACCAAGCUUCCACCAUCAAAGCCGGCAACGACGCACCCAAGAAGGUCCGAGUGUUUCCCAUCAGCCACGUCGGCGGUCAUGCGUGGGCUGCCAAUGCGCUCGUCUACCCGCACGGCGACUGGUACGGCAACCUGCGUGUUACCGACUCAAAACUGGUUCUGCGCGCCGCCAUGUCACCCGCGAGCUCAGUGCACGACUUGGAGGAUCUGCGCGAGAGACUCGUCCACUGGCCUAGGUGGCGAGGCAGGCUUGGUCUCAGCAAGGCUGCUCAACGAGACCACUAUGCCGAGUGGGGCCCUCCCACCAUCAAUGCCGCUCAUCUCACACCCAGGAGCAGAGGCAUUGCCACAUCAGCGACGCGUCCCAGCGUUGUCGGUUCGCUGUCUUCUGCGUUUUCUUUGUCUUCCGCAACGGGUGCUUCCGUAAGGACGUACGCCACGGAUGCAUCCGAACGCAAGCCCGCCUCCGCUACGGAUAGCGACAAGAAGCCAUCUGCACGCAUGACCGCAUUUCGAGAAAAGCUUGCCGCGGACCUUUCCAUUGAUGACUUUGCCGCUGGCGACGUCGACUCGAUCCUCACCUCGACACCCUCAUCAUCAGGCCGAGUGCAGAUGGGCCGAACCAGAGAAGCGCGUCUCCCCUCGCACCUGAAAACCAAAAUCCCGACGGGUGCCAACUACACGCGCAUUAAGUCGGACCUGCGCGGACUUGGUCUGUCGACCGUGUGCGAAGAGGCGCGUUGUCCCAACAUCGGAGAGUGCUGGGGCGGUUCGGGAGGCAAGGACACUGCGACGGCGACGAUCAUGAUCAUGGGCGAUACGUGCACGCGCGGCUGUCGCUUCUGUGCGGUGAAGACGAGUAGGACGCCGGCGGCGUUGGAUCCGCACGAGCCGGAGAACACCGCCGAGGCGAUCUCGCGCUGGGGGCUCGGGUACAUUGUGCUGACCUCGGUGGAUCGAGAUGAUUUGGCCGAUGGGGGUGCGAAUCAUAUCGCGAGUACGAUUAGCAAGAUCAAGUUCAAGUCGCCCAAGAUCCUCGUCGAGGCGCUGGUGCCCGAUUUCUCGGGCGACAAGGAGUGCGUCGAGACGAUCGUCCACAGCGGGUUGGACGUAUUUGCACACAAUGUCGAGACCGUCGAGCGCACCACGCCGUUCGUUCGUGAUCGCAGGGCCAAGUACCGCCAGUCGCUCGCCGUGCUCACCCACGCCAAAGCGACCUCGCCCACACUCAUCACAAAGACGUCGAUCAUGCUCGGAUGCGGCGAACAGGACCACGAGGUCGAACUGACUCUCCGCGACCUCCGCGCCGCCAACGUCGACGUGGUUACUUUCGGCCAGUACAUGCGCCCCACCAAGCGCCACAUGAAGGUCGAGCAGUACGUCUCGCCUGAAAAAUUCACCCACUGGCAGCAGAAGGCCGAAGAGCUGGGUUUCUUGUAUGUCGCCAGUGGGCCGUUGGUCAGGAGCUCGUACAAGGCGGGUGAGUUUUUCAUCGAGAACGUGCUCAAGCAGAGAAGGGCCAAGGCUCAGGCUCAGGCGGAGGCAGAGGCGGCGGUGGUGGCUGAGGGUAAGAUCGGCGCGGAGCAGGUCGAGCAGAGUCGCGUGUAG